CCGCCCAGCCGUCCUUUGGCGUUCAUUGUCUGAGGAGUCGGUCAGAAGCCACUCCUCAAGGCAAACCGUAGGGGGUUCCACAGGAGGCCAGGGGAACCUGGUAGAGCUUCAAGGCCCCCCACGGCCCUCACACACCUCCUGCAGCAGGAGAGGCUUCAACUAGGAAUUCUUCAUUACAUCACUGAGUAAUGGAUGACAAUGGGAAAGAAAGAGAGAAGAGGGAUGAAGUUGGUAAACCUGAAAAGCCGAAGAAGGACCGGUUCAAUUCCUUCUUUACAGAUCUGCGCACACUGCUGCAAACUCAUGGUUAUCCUGUGAAAGGAGACAAAUCUAAAACAUCACAGCGCACCACUGCCCUCUCACAGAGGAAGGAAGGCAAAAUCAAUCCAGAAGGCUCUCAAGAGAAACCAAGCUGGAUUCCAUCAUUUCAUACCUAUGAAGACUUCAACCGAAAGGCACUACAGUCAAUAGAUGGCUUUAUGAUUAUACUGAGCACAGAUGGAGUGAUCACUUUUGUGGCUGAAAACAUCUCUUCUCUCCUUGGCCAUUUACCAGCUGAUAUUGUGGGCAAAAAAUUGUUAAGCCUUCUUCCUGAUAAAGAGAAAAAUGAAGUCUACCGAAAGAUUAUUCUCAAACUUCCUUUGUCAAACUCAGUAGGAGGACAUAUUGAGUUUUGCUGUCAUUUAAAAAAAGGAAGUGUUGAGCAAGGUAGCAGUCCUGCUUAUGAAUAUGUGAAAUUCAUUCUGAGUGUAAAAGAUUUUUCUAAUGAGCCUUUUGUGAUCUUCAGCAGCUACUUUCCGAAACGCCCCCGUGUUGGGUCAUCUGUUACAAAUCUUUGGGAGGAUCGGUUUUAUCUUGUGGGAACUGUUUGUAUUCUCAGGGUUCAGACCCUACAGGAACUUUGCUCUGCAAAGGAAUCCAGUGGAGAAGUUGUAUGUAUACAAGAUUCAGAUGAAGAAUGUUUUUCAAAGGGCCGCAGAAGUGUUCACCAUCAAAGAAGUUCUAGAAUGGGAGCUCUGCGUGCUGAAUCUACUACUGCAGCUGCCUUCAAAGAUCAAGUUGAUAUUGUAGAAGUUGAGCAAUAUGGACCACAAGAAACCCUUGAAGUAAUUAGAAUACGAUCUGAUUCAUCUUGUGAGUCCAGCACAUCUUCGCUGGAAACCAUGCCUGAAUCACCAGCCAUGUUAUCCUUGCAUAGCUUUGAAUAUGAGUCUGAUGUAGAUCUGAUGAAUGAAGACAACCCUGUGGACCUGGACACAGAGGACUCAGUGGAGCAGCAGGACCUGGUGGACUCAACGGACACUGUGGACCUGGUGGAACAAGAAGGCCUGAUGGACAUAGUGGACCUGGUAGAUCAGCAGGAUGCAGUAAACUCAGAGUACCAGGAGGAUUUGAUUGACCUGGUGGAGAAGAAGGCCUUCCCCUCCUCUAGCAAGGCUGCUGGCACCAGUGCUCAGCCAUCACAACCAUCACUGUCAAUUGCAUCCUACAUCGAUAACCGUGAUCUGGAACUGUUGGAGAAGUUCAGGGAGCAGCUAGAAGAGAGGACUCGGGUGCUGCAGGCUAUUAUCAAAAGCCAGCAGGAUGCACUGCAAGUGAUCAAGGAGCAGCUUCAAGCACUUCGGGAUGCUAGAGUUCAGGUACAGCCAACUGCAACAUGCCGCAUUGUCAGUCCUGAUCCCCAGUCUUUGGGGGCAGUGCCCAAGAAACAACGCACUGGACAAGUGAAGCGGUCCCUCCCAGAUAUCAAGGAGGCCAAACGGUUUUGUGAUUCAUAUUCAUUCCCGUCUUUGAAAUUCAUUGAGAAGUUUGAGGAGCCUUCUCUCUUCUCCACCCAGACCAAGCCUAUUGUUGUUCCUGUCCAAAUGAUAGCUGAGCCACAGCCUUCUGACUCUUAUCAAGAGGAAGACCUUGGGUGUCAGGAAAAUGAGAGUCAUAGUUUUCUUCCUGAGGCACAUCAGGGCCCUCCCAUGGAUCAGCCACCAUUGGGGUAUAGCUCAAGCACUCAGCCAAUUUCUUCUACCAGCUUUCCUCAGUCUCCCAUAAAUCCAGAAGUGAAAUUGCCCACACUGGAGACCCCAGAGGAUUACAUCCAACUUUGGCAACAGUCGCCUGAUCCACAAGGUCACCUUUUUCUUCAAGCGAAUAUUUGGCCUUCCAAUGAGCAGGCCUCCAUGCAGGGUCAAGACCCCUGGAACCAGCAGAUACAGGUUCCCAAGGCAGGAGCCCAGGACCCCCCGGGUCCAGAAGCUUUUCAGGGCCCCUCGGAAUGCCAGCCACAACAAAUGAGGUACUUCCUGCCUGCAGAGCAGCCCUAUGUGGAUGAACAGCAGCAGCAGCAGCAGCAGCAGCAGCAGCAUUACAUUUAUGACCAGCCAUGAGAGAAGUGGGGAGGGGUCAGGCCAAUGAGGUCUGCAUGGCCAGGGGAACUGCAUGUUGCAGAGUCCCUUGUAGUAGGGGUUGGGGGGUGGAGACUUACUUUUCUUUCCUGAUAAGAUAUGUUUAUAACUGUUGAGCAAUAGCCUGUUCCUUGGCAGUCGUACUGCAGAGGUAGCCUGUGAUCUCUAGUGUGCUAAUAUAUGACACAGCUGUCCCCUGCCUUCCCUGCCCAGCUUCUCAUAUCCAUGUUCCACCAUAGGCAAGUAGGCUUCAGAGAAUCUGCUCAAGUUUUUCUGCCAAAACAAACAAACAACAACAACAAAGAAAAAACAGAGUUGUUUGCAAUCUAGUAAGAGGCUCUUCUGUUUUAGCUGCAAGAAUGAUCAAGCCCCGCCUCUCUCCUCCACAGUCUUGUCAUAGAAGCCCGGUGGGGGAGGGGUGGAACUGCAACAGCGGAAACCUAAAAUCAGCCCAACAGAAGCACUUAGGAGCUAAAAUAAUUAUGGCUUCAUUGCUUAAUAAACAUUUUCUUUCACUGAAA